UAAAAUAUUUUAUCUUGUUUCUUUGAAAAAAGUACGAAUGAAAUUAUAAUGAUUAAAAGUGCGCGGUAAGCGCGCGGAGAGCGCCGCGUAAUGUAUCGCGCAUGUGCAUAGAUUGCCAAUUGUUCGUGAGUUUUGUGAGAAGCAGAGUUUGGGAUAAAUAAGUUUUUCGGCUUGUCGAUUGGAGGGAUAAAGGGGUAGAACCACAGAAGGAGAAUUUUUUCAAUUUCUCAGUGGAAAACUGUGUUUUCCGUGUGCUGAGGGCCGGUGGCCGAGUGAUGCACGCAUAUGUCUAGGCUCGGGGGAACUCAGGUUCUAGCCACAGCACAGGUGAAGAGGACGGCUGCUGAUCACGCAGCGGUGUUAAACUUUGGUGCUGCAAAACGCAGCAAGCUGUCCGCCGUUGCGGUCACGGAGAUCAACGAGAUUGAAAACAUGACGGAUACGGCUGCAGCCACGACUGAUACUCAAAAGAGAGCCAAUUUCUCAGCUUUAACUGUUGGGAAUCCAAACGGCGUUAACAAGAUUUCACCAAGUUUGGCAAGUGCAAAACCUGGUACAGCUAGAAAACUCGUCAUCAAAAAUUUCAAAAAUAAACCAAAAUUACCAGAAAAUUAUCAAGAACAGACAUGGGAAAAAUUACAAGAAGCUGUAAUAGCAAUACAAACUAGCAAGAGUAUUCGUUAUUCAUUAGAAGAACUUUAUCAAGCAGUUGAAAAUAUGUGUAAUCAUAAGAUGGCAUCCACAUUAUAUACAAAGUUAACAAGGUUAACAGAAGCACAUGUGCAAGCAAAUAUAGAACAAUUUUUAGCAGAAUCAAUGGAUAGGCAUAUAUUCUUAAAAAAAAUGAAUGAAUGUUGGCAAUCACAUUGCAGACAAAUGAUUAUGAUUAGAAGUAUUUUUCUAUAUUUGGAUAGAACAUAUGUAUUACAAAAUCCAAGUAUUUUAUCCAUUUGGGAUAUGGGUUUACAUUUGUUUAGAGUGUAUAUUGUUUUGAAUAACUUAGUUCAAACACGUACAGUAGAAGGAUUACUUAUGCUCAUAGAAAAAGAACGUCAAGGUGAUACAGUGGAUAGAACACUUCUUAAAUCAUUAUUAAGAAUGUUAUCAGAUCUACAAAUCUACCAAGAUGCCUUUGAAACUAAAUUUUUGGUUGCUACUGAAAGACUAUAUGCUGCUGAAGGUCAACGACUAAUGAAUGAACAUGAUGUUCCUGAGUACUUAGCACACGUGGACAAACGACUUCAAGAGGAAAAUGAACGUUUGUUACAUUAUUUGGAUGCAUCUACAAAAUGGUCCUUAAUACAUACAGUAGAAAAGCAAUUAUUGUCUGAACAUAUUACCAGCAUUUUACAAAAAGGAUUAAGUGGUUUAUUGGAUGAAAAUAGAAUUAAUGAUUUAUCUUUACUUUAUAAUUUAUAUAGUCGAGUGAAAAAUGGCCUUGUAGAACUUUGUCUAAACUUUAAUUCUUAUAUUAAGAAAAAAGGUAAAACCAUAGUUAUAGAUCCUGAAAAAGAUAAAACUAUGGUUCAAGAACUCUUAGAUUUCAAAGAUAAAAUGGACAAUAUAGUUAACACAUGUUUUCAUAAAAAUGAGAAAUUUGCAAACAGUUUAAAGGAAGCUUUUGAAGCUUUUAUUAAUCAACGUGCGAAUAAACCUGCUGAAUUAAUAGCGAAAUUUGUUGACUGCAAACUUAGAGCGGGUAAUAAAGAAGCAACAGAAGAAGAAUUGGAAAGAUUAUUAGAUAAAAUUAUGGUACUGUUUAGAUUUAUACAUGGAAAAGAUGUAUUUGAAGCAUUUUAUAAAAAAGAUUUAGCUAAACGUUUAUUAGUUGGUAAAUCAGCUUCUGUUGAUGCUGAAAAAUCCAUGUUAUCCAAAUUAAAACAAGAAUGUGGAGGAGGUUUUACUAGUAAAUUGGAAGGAAUGUUUAAAGAUAUGGAACUUAGUAAAGAUAUUAAUAUUGCCUUUAAACAGUAUGCAGGAAAUUUGCAAAGUGAAUUGUCUGCUAGUAAUUUGGAUUUGACUGUUUCGAUACUUACAAUGGGUUAUUGGCCAACAUAUCCUGUAAUGGAAGUAACAUUACCACCAGAAAUGGUUCAAUAUCAAGACGUAUUUAAUAAAUUUUAUUUGGGAAAACAUAGUGGUAGAAAAUUACAAUGGCAACCUACUUUAGGGCAUUGUGUAUUAAAAGCUUGGUUUAAUCAGGGCAACAAAGAACUUCAAGUUUCAUUAUUUCAAGCAUUGGUGUUAAUUUUGUUUAAUGAUGCUGACAAUUUGUCCUUGGAAGAUAUAAAAGCAGCAACAAAUAUAGAAGAUGGUGAACUUAGAAGAACUUUACAAUCUUUAGCUUGUGGAAAAGCUAGAGUGUUACAAAAAAAUCCAAGAGGAAGGGAUGUUGCAGAUAACGAUAGAUUUGUUUUUAAUGCAGACUUUACAAAUAAAUUAUUCAGAAUUAAGAUAAAUCAAAUUCAAAUGAAAGAAACGAAUGAGGAACAAAAAGCUACAGAGGAAAGAGUAUAUCAGGAUAGACAGUAUCAGAUAGAUGCAGCUAUUGUUAGAAUUAUGAAAAUGAGAAAAACACUUUCGCACAAUUUGUUGAUUAGUGAAUUAUACAAUCAACUUAAGUUUCCUGUAAAGCCUGCAGAUUUGAAAAAGAGAAUUGAAUCUCUCAUAGAUAGGGAUUACAUGGAACGAGAUAAAGAUAAUGCAAAUGAGUACAAUUAUGUUGCAUAACCUGAACCAAAUACCAAAGUCAUUUUAGACUGGGUGGUCACUGUGUUUUUUAGCAAAAAAACCAAUUUAUUUUGGUGUUUGCUCAUUGUGAAUGUGACAUGUUGAACAAGAAAAAAAUAAAAAACUUAUAACUGAUUGAAUGUCAGCAUAAUGUUGCAUUAUGUGAUCAGUUAAUAAAAAAAAUAGAGUGGACUCUAUAAAUUCGGUUUUUAUAGUGCGUAAUGAAUACUGGACAAUUGAGGUCAUCUUUAAGAUAGUGCUUUACUGUUAUUAUUCUUUUGUUUAUGGAUUUCGCUAAAAAAGGACCAUGUGCAAAAUAUUUAAUACAGCAUUUAAAGAAAUAUAUCAACAGUUUUUUAUGCAGAACAGUUUUUCACAGCAUACAGGUCUAAGAAGAUAACAUAGAAUAUUCUAAGAAUUAAAAAAAAUGCAAUGACCGAAAGUGAAUAGGAAUGCGUUAUUUAUAAUAAAUAGAAGAAAUAAUAUUAAUAUUAUGGAUAUUGAACUGGUCAUUGAAAUAAUUUUAAACAAAUAGAAAAUACAUUAUAAAAUAAUAAUUCAUGUACUGAAUAUGUUCAUUACAUGAAAAAGUACUUCAUUACAGAAUUUUAGGAAUACCGAAAAGGAAAAACUACGGUACGUUCAUAUUGAAAAAAAUGAACAAAAAAAUAUUUGAAGAAAUCUUAUUAAAAACAUAAUAUUAUGAAUUUCUAUAACAAAUUUUUGUAUAUUACCUUAUAAUACAGAGUUUAUAAAUUCAAUAGGAAAACAUACAAUUUGUACAAACAAUGUCCAUUUUUGUCAAAAAAAAAAAAAAAAAAAAAAAAUAGUAAAGCAAUAUGUAAAUUUAUAAUAAAUUUAAUAAUAAUAUGAAACAUCUUUCAAAUAAUGCAUGUUUUAUUUAUAACCUGCAUAUUAUUAAAAUUAAUAUUUUUUAAUGUAUUUUUCUCUAACAAAUGUAUCUUUUUUAUAAAGAUAAAAAAACAAAUAGUAAAAAUGUUUCGUAUUAUUAUAAAAUAAGUACUCUGCCAUUAGCUUUACAAUUUUCACUACAUAUGAUAAAUUAUAAUAACUAUUUAAAUAUAAAUACAAAUAAUAUUAUAUUUACUUGAUAUUUACUUUUUGCAUAUCUUUUGAGUGAAUUAUAACUUGAUAAAGUACAAGUUUAUAAAAAUAUAUAAAUCUUCUAUCUUUAUAUACAAAUUAAGAAUCAAUGUGAUACAAAUUAUUCUUGACUAAUUAUCAAUUUACUUUAUACAGAUCAUAAUAUAAAAUAAAAAUUUUAAUAAUUUUGUUUAGAAUAAAUUUUUUCAAUUUGUAGAUUGCAAAAAUAUUGUUUUACAGAAUUUUCACCAACUAUGGUUUAUUAAUAUUCCAGGAAAUUUUAAAAUUAUGCUUUUAAUAACAUAUUUCUUUAUUUUUUAUUAUGUAAAAUUAUUCUUUUUUUUUUUAGUAACUCUGUAUUACAAGGUUAUUUCACAAAUGAGUGUUAAAGAAAUAAUUUAUUAUUCAUGUAAAUGCUGUGCAAAAUAAAAUUUCUAGCAAGAUAAAAUAUAAAUAAAAUUACUGUACUGUAACUAUAUGCUAAAUCGAAUAUAGAAUUUCUUAUUAUCUUAUUUACUAUAAUCUAAAGAUGAAAACAAAAAAUUAUUGUAAAAAGAAGGUCCAGUGCUUUUUUGUGAAUACAAAUAUCUAAUUAUAUUCCACAAACUACGUAAGAAAACAUUUUCAAAAGAAAAAACAGAAUUUCAUAACGUAGAAAUCGAUUGUUAUUGAAAAAAGAAAAUAUAUAUAUAAAUAAAUAUAUUAUUAAUAAUACAAUCAAUAAAAUUUGAAUCAUCCAGUGGCUUGUUCAGUCAUUUUAUGUGUAAUUAUGAAAUAGCUUAUUAAUGAAAUUUUGUAUAAACAUAAAAAAAAAAUGUUGAUGAACCAUUAGGUAAUUUUAAUGCAAAUCCUAUGAAAAGUUUUAAUAUAUAUUAAAACUAUCUCCUAAACGCAGUACAUGGUAAAUUCAUAUAAAGAAAUCAUUUUAAAAUAGAUUCAAAAAGAUAAUUUUCAUAUUAUUUCAGAAUUUUGUUAUUUUAUUUGAUUUCUUUUAGAAAUAAUAUAAUGCAAGAAAAUUAUAAAUGAUUUAAAUUAUGUAAAUUAAAUUUCAUAAAUUACCUUAUACUGCGUUUCUCUGUAUUACAUUCAAAAACUUAUUUUUGUGUAAUCGUUCGUAGAUUUAACAAGAUUGUAAAUAGAAUAAGAUUCCAUACUUGUAAUAAAAUAAAAGAAAAAACUCAAA